UUCCGAAGACAAAAGUUGGAACGUUUGAGUCUCCACGGCAACGAGACGCUUCCCCUUCCGGACAGCAGCGGCCGCGGGGAGAUUGGGACAGCGGGGCCCGGAGGUGCGGCCAGCCUGAGAGCGGACGUGGGGAGAACCCCCCCGCCCCAGGAUGCCGCUGAAGGUGGUGGUGGAGCUGCAGAUCCACGCGGUCACUUGCCCUGGUGUGUUCCUGCCAGAGAAGCAUGACAUUUACCUCAGUGUCUGCAUCAUGGGCCAAUACAAGGAGACAGAAUGCCUUCCUCCAAUUUUCCCUCUCUUGUUUCAUGAGAAGAUGUGGUUUGAAAAGGUAUUUGAAAGUGCUGUAGACCCGGCUGCUGUAACAGAGAUGCUUGAAAGCAAUGUAACAACGUUUGGAUUAAUUCAACUAAUAUCUUCAGUGGGGGACAGUCUUGCUUUUUAUGAAGAGAAUACUCGAGAUUUUCUCUUCCCAGAGCCCAAGCUGACUCCUGUGUAUCCUGGUGUGGAGAGAGAGUUACUAAUGAAAACGUCUCCUAGUUUCCCAGGAAUUGCACCAAAAAUAGAGUUUUCUACAAGAACAACCAUCACUGAGCUUCCACUUCAAUAUAGAAAGCAGUUUUAUCAGGGCAGAAACACGAUGAGGAUACAAAGAUCUGCCUCUGUAUCACCCAGGCGAAGGAGCAUUUCACCAGCACGAUGUAAGACAAUAAAGAAAAAGGAUAAUAAGAUCUGUAAGAGUCUUACAAGAUUAUUAAGAUCCCGCUCUCCAUCUCCAAAUGCUACAAAGCACCUAUGUCAGUUCUGCAAAGAAAACCAACAGCAGCAAUCAAGGCUAAGCCUGGGAUCUCUUCGGUACAAACUGGAUGCUGAAACCAGGCCACCAUUUGUUGUUAGACAUGUAGACAGUUCUAACCCAUUUGGUGAAAAAACUUCGUCACAGUUACCUUAUCGAAAUCCAAAACAAAAUGUGAGCUCAGCAAAGAAUUCACUUGAAUUUCAGUUGAAACGAGUUUUAUCUUUUGAUAGCUGUGAUGCAUCAAAUUCCUCAGUUAAGGUUAUCAGGGAACGGGAUGAACAGGCCACAUCUGAACAUGAUUCAUCAUCUCUUGAAACGGAUAAACUUGUAAAUUACCCGGGCAGUUCUCCUACUCAAGGAGAUUUGACAUUUCACCGCACAGCAUCAUUUGCAACCUCCCCACAUUACAGAUCGCCUAGUCCUGUUCGGAGUCACUCUCCUCUGCAACAAAGGUUAUACUCCAAUCCUCAUUUCAGUUGGGAAAAGAUCCACAAGAGAGUGCAGAAUCUCCUAACCUCAAACCAGGCAAAGCAGAGACUUUCCUUUGGAGCCACUGAUUCUGAAAUUGAUGAUGUCCUUGAAAGAAGGUCCAUCUCUUUGAGGAGUUCCCCUCAGGAUGACUCGCUGGAGCAAAGAUAUUACUAAGUAGUUGUCAUCAGAAAGCAGGGACAACUCAAUGACUGCUGGACUCCAAUUUGAAGAGUUGAGACGGACAUUUCCAUCUCAGAGUUGAUCAGGGGUUCAUUUUCUGUGUGGCGUUAUGUCUAAUCUCUUUCUUAAAGUGAGACUCUGUACUGUGCUGGAUAAGCACGGCUGAUUAAAUGAUUUCAGUGUGUGGCUCAGAUAUCAUUUUCAUAAGAGUGUACGUAUAUUAGCUCAUUAAGGACUAAAAAUAAUAAUAAUGGUGCUGCAGAUCUUUGGGCUUUGGUUGUUGGCAGAAUUUUCUGCAAGUAUCACAUUUGGAAUUACCUUACCUGCGACUAUUCCAGCAUUAGAACUGACUGUCUAGAAUGAGUUGCUUUUUUCAGAAGUCAGGUCUCUUCUCAAUAUAUGCACAUCAUUCUCGUUGGUGCACUUGCACAGAGAGAGGAAACAAGACCCUUUGAAUACUGAAUUACAGUUUGACAUAUAUUUUUUCAGACAACCAGUUAAAAUGAACUUAUGUUAAAUGUGUAUCCUUUCUUGAAACAUUU